AUGAAGUUGCAUCUAAUUGACGCCCAGUCGGGUGAGACGCACGAUGUUGAGAUCCCAGCGGACACUCCCUUCAACGACUUCAAGCGGAUGAUUGCUGAGAAAUUCGGCAUUAGCACUUUCGUUGUUGUCCUCGGCGGCCGCUACUUGAACCACGGCCCGGAGACUACUCUCGAGAAAGCUGGCAUAGUUUCCGGUGACAAGUUGAGGAUCUACAGGGGAGCCGUCAGCGCCGAGCCCCAGUCCUCAUCGCUGGCCCCGCCGGAGCCGCGUCCUCAUCGCGACUUUUCUUCUGCCGACCUUCCUGCCGACGCCCCGAAUAUUUCUCUGGGACCCGAACAGCAACACCGUGUUCGUCCACAUGGUCGUACCGGUGACCCGGACGUCGAAUUCUUCCGCCCUGGUGAUGACCCCAGCGACCCAUUGCGCACUCGUGGUGGCCACAAUGCGCCCAAUCCGAAUCCGCUGCAGAUCGACCCUCGUCGUCCAUUGGCACCGCUAGGUCAUCCGGGAGGACCGCUUGGACCCAACAACCAGGGCUUUGAUCCGUUCAACCCAGCUGGUGAACUGAUGCCGGGCCGUCCGCGCCACGAUCCGACAGCACCGAGGAUUUUCCCGUUCAAUCCAACGGAUCGCGACUAUAUC